AUGGCGGUGCAGGCGGCUGCGGCGGGCGGCUGGGGCCGGAGCCGGGGCGCUGUGCUGCUGCUCUUCUUCUCGCUCUCCCGCCGCCCGCCCGCCGGGGCCGCCUGGCUGCUGGGGCUGCGGCCCGAGGACACGGCCCCGGGCAGGGUCUCGCUGGAGGCCGGCGCGCUGGGGGCGGUCGAGGGGACCAGCUUCCUGCUGCGCCUCUACUUCCAGCCGCCGCCCGAGGGGAACGGCAGCCGCGGGCCGCCCGGCGCGGAGAGCGAGCCCCGCCUGGUCUUCAUCGAGGAGCCGCCGGCGGGAGCGGGCCCGGGCCCGGCGCCCGGGGAGCGCUGCCCGCAGCAGAGCGCCUGGGCCUCGGACGUGGAGGUGCUGGGCCCGCUGCAGCCGGGCGGCUCGGCCGGCUCCGCCCUGGUGCGGGUGCGAGUGCGGGAGCCGCGCAAGGGGGAGCCCGGGGCCGGGCCGCGGGGGCGGCUCUUCUCGCUCUGCGCCUGGGACGGGCGCGCCUGGCAGCACCACGGCGCGGCGGGCGGCUUCCUGCUGCGGGUGCGGCGGGCGGCGCGGGAGCCCUGGCUGCUCGGGCCGCUGCCGGAGGCGGGCUGGCUCCGGGCCCUGGGGGCGCUGCUCCUACUGGGGCUGUCGGCGCUGUUCAGCGGCCUGCGCCUGGCGCUGCUGUCGCUGGACCCGCUGGAGCUCCGCGUGCUGCGCAACAGCGGCUCGGCCGCGGAGCAGGAGCAGGCGCGCCGCGUCCAGGCGGUGCGGGGCCACGGUGGCACCUUCCUGCUCUGCACCCUGCUGCUAGGCCAGGCCGGGGCCAACGCGGCGCUGGCCGGCUGGCUGUGCGCAUCCCUGCCCGGCCAGGGGCCGGCGCUGGCCGGCUGGGUGCAGGGCGUGCCCUGGCUGCCCGUGCUGCUCUGCACCGGCGCCGUGUUCCUGGGCGGCGAGGUGCUGCCCUAUUCGGUGUGUUCCCGGCACGGGCUGGCCAUCGCCUCGCACACGCUCUGCCUCACCCGCCUGCUGAUGGCCGCCACCUUCCCGCUCUGCUACCCGCUGAGCCGCCUGCUGGACUGGGCGCUGCGCCAGGAGCUCAGCACCUUCUCCACCCGCGAGCGCCUGCUGGAGACGCUGCGCGCCGCCGACCCGCACAGCGACCUGGUGCGGGAGGAGCUGGCCAUGGUGCAGGGCGCGCUGGAGCUGCGCACCAAGGCGGUGGAGGACGUGCUCACCCCGCUGGCCGACUGCUUCCUGCUGCGCUCCGACGCCGUGCUGGACUUCGCCACCGUCUCCGAGAUCCUGCGCUCCGGCUACACCCGCAUCCCGGUCUACGAGGGCGACCGGCGGGACAACAUCGUGGACCUGCUCUUCGUCAAGGACCUGGCCUUCGUGGACCCGGACGACUGCACCCCGCUGCAGACCGUCACCCGCUUCUACCGCCGGCCGCUGCACUGGGUCUUCAGCGACAGCCGCCUGGACACGCUGCUGGAGGAGUUCAAGAAGGGUAAAUCGCACCUGGCCAUCGUGCAGAGGGUGAACAACGAAGGGGAAGGAGACCCGUUCUAUGAGGUGAUGGGGAUCGUCACGCUGGAGGAUGUCAUUGAAGAGAUCAUCAAGUCCGAGAUCCUGGAUGAGACAGACCUUUACACAGACAACCGAAAGAAGGAGAGGGCGCUGCACCAAGGCAGGAAGCCGCAUGACUUCUCUAUCUUCAGGCUCUCAGACAGUGAAAUGAAGGUGAAGAUCUCCCCUCAGCUGCUGCUGGCCGCGCACCGCUUCAUGGCAUCAGAAAUCGAACCCUUCAAAUCUCCCUGCCUCUCGGAGAAGAUCCUGCUGAGGCUCCUCAAACACCCCAACGUCAUCCAGGAGCUGAAGUACGACCAUAAGAACAAGCAGGCCGUGGAGCACUAUCUCUACCAGCGCAACCGGCCUGUGGACUACUUCGUCCUCAUCCUGCAGGGCAAAGUGGAAGUGGAGAUUGGCAAGGAAGGGCUGCGGUUUGAGAACGGCGCAUUCACCUACUAUGGCGUCCCAGCCAUCAUGGCUGUCAUCUGCUCAGAUAACGAUGUGCGGAAAGUGGGCAGCCUGGCCGGAUCCUCCUUCCUGCUGCCCGUCUCAGUGUCCCGUACCUUCGCCGUCAGCAGAGGGGAAUCCCUGGCUGGCUCCCCAGUAAACCGAUCGCCAUCUCGCUGCAGCGGGCUGAAUCGCUCCGAAUCCCCAAACCGGGAACGCAACGACUACGGGGGCAGCAACACCCAGCUCUACAGCAGCAGCAACAACAUCUACACGCCCGACUACUCUGUGCACAUCCUCUGCGACGUGCAGUUCGUCAAGAUCACCCGGCAGCAGUACCAGAACGCACUGGCAGCCAGCCGCAUGGACAGCUCACCCCAGUCCCCCGACAUGGAGGCGUUCAAUGAUGGCAACUCCACCAAGGCCCCGACGGCCCGGGGGACCCCACAGACCCCGAAGGAGGACCCCACCCCCACCCUCCUGAACGAGAGGAACAGCAUCAUUUGCAGCCGGUCAGACGGGCUCCGCAGCCCCAACGACUCCAUGUUCCUCCGCGUGGAGGGAAUCCCCUUCAUCAGGGAGGAACUGGCAGACAACGAGGAGAACAGCAAGCGGCAGGCACUGCUCUUACCUUCCUCCUUUGCAGCCAGCGAAUGCUGUGACAUCACCCUGGAGCCGGAGAGCCCGAACAGAGAGACAGCGAGUGGCACCGAGGAGACCCUGGGCAAGAAGCUGCUGAGGACACUGAGUGGGCGGAAGAGGAGGCAGUCCCCAGAUGGCAAGACGACGCCGGAGGAGAAUUCCAACCGAGCGCCGUUAAUCACCUGA